AUGGAUGAUAUAUCUCCUGAUCAAAUUAGAAUUCAACUCGAUUUUUUAAAAAAGUUAGAUUUGUUUUGUAUUUUCAAAUUUAUAAUUACUAAUGAUAUUAAAAUAUAUAAUGAGCAAUCUUAUCAAGUGUUAAUAAAAAUUGUUAAUUCAUAUAAAAUAAUUAACAUCCAAGAAUCAAAAAAUAAUGUUUUUGAAAACCAUAAAGUAUAUAGCAAGUUUUUUUACAGCCAAAAAAAUUUAUCUAAAAAAAAUAAAAAGACAAAAAUAAAUACACAUAAUCAAAAUUACUCAAAUUGUCCAAAUGAUAUUGCUUCAAAUUUUUUCGAUUGUAGCAAUUCGGAAAAUUGCUUAUGUGGAUGUUCCAAUUUAAUUAAUAACAAUGGCCAAGAACGAGAGCAAAAAAAUGAAAACCAUUCUGAUAUUAAAAAAAAAAAAAAAAAUACACUUUACUCAAAUGACUCGAUGUUUUCAAAAGAUAUGUGUAAUAAAACAUUAUUCAAAAUAUUUAAAUUUCCAAAAAAUGAAAAAGUAAUUUAUUAUAUAAAAAAUGAUCUUUGUCUUGAUGCAUUUGUAAAAGAGCCUUUAAAUAUUAAUUUAUGUUUUGUAAAAUUUGAUAAAAAUAAUAAUAAAAAAAAAAAAAAAAGGAAACCAAGAAGAAUUAAAAAUGAGUUAACCCAAUCACAUACAAGUGUAUAUAAUAGUGAUUCAGAAAUUUUAAAUAAAAUGUUUAGAAAUUCUAAUGAUAUAAAAUCUGCACAAAAUUCAAUAUUAUCAUCAAGUUUUAUUUCACAAAAUAUUAUCAUACCCACAAACUCAAAUAUAACAAAUAAUGGAACUGAAUUAAAUUCAUCAGAAAAUAUAUUAAACACAAAAAAUAUCUUAACUGAAACAGAUAAGUCAGUUUCUGAUUUCUCAGAAAUACCAUCCACCUUAAAAAUUAGCGAACAAAAUAGUAAUAAUAAUAGUAAUAAUAAUAGUAAUAGUAAUAAUAAUAGUAAUAGUAAUAGUAAUAAUAAUAAUAAUAGUAAUAGUAAUAAUAAUGCACCCCCUGAUUUAUUUUAUGUAAAUUACACAAUGUCAGAAAGUGAAUCUAUUUUAAAUCAUUAUAGUGAUAGUGUAUAUGUAGAACAUAAAGAAUCUGAAAUGGAAAAUGAUUGUUCUAAAAAAAUUGAAAAAAAUGUAGAAACCCUCGAAAAAUAUGAUCAUAAUAAUUAUGACCAAUCACACCCACAAUAUUAUGAACAAAAUUCGCAUUCGAAUUAUCAAAAUCAAACCAAAAAAAAAUGGGAUAAUACAAGAGUUAUAAUAAAGCAAAGUAGCACUAGUGGAAAAAUGAAAAAUCAAUACACCUCUUUUAAGUUGCCUAAAUAUAAUUCAAACAUAUUUAACAAAGCAAACAAUAGUAAUGGCAAUAGUAAUGGCAAUAGUAAUGGCAAUAGUAAUGGCAAUAGCAAUGGCAAUAGCAAUGGCAAUAGCAAUGGCAAUAGCAAUGGCAGUAGCAAUGGCAGUGUUGUAAAAAGCCCAUACUGUGAUGUUACAUUAUGUUUUAAUCACUUUUUUCAAAUACACAACAUUUUAAAUCGAAAUCCAAACGGGUUAAGAAAAAUAAAAAUGAUGUUAAAAAAAGAUAUCGGAACUAUUAAUAUUUCCCCAUUUUUUAUAAAUUUUGAUAGCACUAGAAUAUUUAAAAAUAUAUGCAGAUCUUUUAAAUUAACCAAAUUUAAUUAUAAAGAAAGAAAUAUAUAUGAUCUUAUAAAUUUAUGUUUUUGUAAUUAUCAAUCAGUAGACAUUGUAAGAACAGUUCUUCUUAAUGAUUUAUAUAAACAAGAAUUAUAUAGAAAUGAAAAUAACCAAAAAAAAAAUUAUAAAAGAAAACAUGCUUAUAAAAAAAAAAAAAAAGAAAAUAUAUUAGAAAUUUUGGAUGAACAAAAAAGGGUUUAUAUAUUAUAUUUUAUUAAUCGAUUUUUAUAUUCACAAAAAACACCACUUUCAAAUUUGUUUAGAAAUUUUAAACAAGAUAAAAUUAAAUAUUUAGAAGAUAGUAAUAUUGAAGAUGAUUAUGAUGAGUUAACAAUUGAUUAUUUUAUUUUUUUAAUGAUUUUUGAAAAUAAAAUAGAUUAUAAGUUUUAUAAAUUUAUUCUCAAACGAAUUAAAGAUAGUAAAGUGACAUUUUCUCCUAUAAAAUUAGAAAAAAAUAAUACCUCAAAUUUUAUUGCACACACAAAUAAUCCGAUCGAUAAAAAAAAUAAUAAUUUUCAAAAUUCAAAUAAUUAUGACCAGCAAUAUUUUUUAAAUGAAAAAAUAAAUUCAAAUUUUUUAUCAAACGAUUCAAAUAUUCAAACUUAUGUUCAAGAUAAAUAUACUGAUACUAAUGAUAUUUUAGAAAAUACAUUUAAAUAUGUUACAACAAAUUAUGAAACUAGUUAUAUCCCGAAUGAUGAAAUAACAAAAGUUGAAAAUACUACAAACAAUUAUGCAUAUACUUUAAUAAAUUCUAACACAUUAACAAGUCAUACUGAAAUAAGCAUAGCUAGCCAAAAUUCGACAUGUUUAAAUUAUAAAAAAAAUUAUAAAUUGGAAAAUAAAGAUAUAGGAUGCCAAACCGAAAAUUAUAAAAGUCAAGAUGAUGAUGGAGAAGAUGAUGAAUAUGAAGAUGAAAUGAAAUGUAUCAAAAAUAAAACAGAAAUAGAAAAUGAAAUAAUUUUACUUAAACAUAUUAGACCAUUUCCAACAAUUUAUUGGCUAGUUAAUAAAAAUAUAUGUGGAUAUAUAUCCCAUUUAGAAAAAGUAAAUAUAAUAAAAAAUAUUGAAAAUCUUAUAAAUCAAAAAAAUGAAGAAUUUAAUUUAUUAAGACACUUUUUAAUUUAUGAUCAUUUAAAAUAUAUUGUUAUAAGAUUACGUCAUAUUAAUAAAAAAAUAUUAUUAUUUUUUUAUAUGUUUUUUUUAAAUUCGGAUGUAUUUUUAAAACAAUAUCAAGAUAAUAAAAAUAUAGAAGAUAUAACAAUAGGAACAUAUAUUAACCCUUUUCAAAUACAACCUAAUAUAUUAAAUAUAUUUUUGCAAAUAUAUCAAAUUGAUGAAAAUACUAUUUCAGAAAUACUUCGAAAAAUUAAUACAUUGAGAAUAAAGGGAAUUGGAGGGAUACUCAAUUUUUUGACAUUAAAAUGUCUUCAUCUUUAUUUUGCGUCACAUUUAUCUUAUCCUAAUACUGUUGGACACAUAUUAGAAGAAUUUUUUAAAUCUUAA